CAGUCUUGACUUCAUAGUCAUCGGUGCAUCUUAUUAUCGGUUUUAUAUCUUGUCUACCUAAAAAGUAUUUGCAAGCAAUUAGGACUCGAUUUCAAUAUCCAUUGCGUCGCAAUAAUGUGCCGUGUCGAACUGAGAGUUCCAAAACCCUAAUUGUUGUCACAAUAGCUUCCAGACUUGGUAAUCUCUAUUGCUGGGGAAAAACAAAUUCCUGGAAUUACAAUUCAGGACCCAUUUGUGAAACUCAAUGUCGGAUAAUGAUUGAGGGGAAGCCGAGAUAUAUAAAUAAAUAGAACAGGCGAAUUAUUAAGACAUUCCCAAAAAGGACUUACUUGUGAAAGGUCAUAGUUUCGUGUAUCAAAAAUAAUAUGAACGGUGUUUUUUCGACGUUCUUCAGUGUGGUCCUGGUAAUUGCCGCAAGUGUAUCAGCUGUUCCUAUUUCAGAUGAAGUAGAUCAAGUGCCACCAUUGCCUGCUGCAGAAGCCAAAGAUGAUGGAUCGACGGACUUGAAGCCACCGCCACCUCCAUCAUCAGAUGACAGUCAGUAUUCUGGGAGUUCAACUACAUCGACUGAAACUUUGGUUUUCGAUCCAUCAGGAAUAUAUUCGGGACUGCUUCCGAGUGGAAUUCCAGGCUAUCCAGACCCCUUUCCGGGUGGAUAUCCUCAACCCUACCCUGGCUAUCCUCAACAUCAUCCCCAGCAUCCUCCUCCCGGCUAUCCCUCUCCGUAUGUCGUCCAAACUGGCUACGAGGGAUUCCUUAUGCCCUCAGCUCCAGCGGGUCAGUCCGUUCAAACAGACUCCCUGGGAUUUCUGCAAGGAAUCGUUCCUUCGACAAUGCUCAGUUGGAUGAUGCGAUCGAUGGCAGUUGUAAUGGGAACCGUGACCAUGGUCAUUAUGGGGGGAGCCCUAACGACAGUCGUUUGUUCUCUGACCCCAAUAUGUUCGGUAUCGUUUAAGUCGUUAAAGUUCUUAAAUUGGAAUGAGACUGCUCGAAGUGUUGGCAUGAUUGUGGGUAAUGAAAUGACUCCGGAACGUGUUCGAAGGGCUGCUAAUUUUGUGCAUCAAGCAAUUAAGAAGUACAGUGAGUUGCAGAGAGCAUUUGCAAUCGAUGAUAACACAGCUGAUGUUAAAAAUUGAUCGACGAACAACAAACUAAUUUAUAUAAUUUAACUUAUAAAAAAAUGUAUAUUUAAAAGUAAAAAUGGAAUAAACAUAAAAACUAUG